AUGACAAAUUCAUUAGAUAAAAAAUCUUCACAACAAACAUCACAAGAUUUUUAUUAUAAUGAUGUUGAAAAAAAUGGUUUUUCAAAUGAUCAACAAAUAAAUCAAAUUAAUGAAUAUUCAAAUGGUGAAUUAGAUCCUGUUCAAAGUAAUGUCUUGGGUGUUCAAGAAGGUUAUCGUCUAAAGAAACAUUUAAAAGCUCGUCAUGUUUCCAUGAUUGCAAUUGGUGGUGCUAUUGGUACUGGUUUACUUAUCGGUUCAGGGUCUGCUUUAUCUUCAUCAGGUCCUGCUCCAUUAUUUAUUGGUUAUACAUUUGUUGGAUUAAUUGUUUAUCAAGUUAUGUGUUGUUUGGGUGAAAUUGCAACUUAUAUCCCUCUUCCAUCUGGGUUCAAUGGUUAUGCUGAACGUUAUGCUGAUCCUUCAUUGGGGUUUGCAGUUGGUUGGUGUUAUUUAUUUAAAUAUUUAAUUGUUACACCAAAUCAAAUUACUGCGGGUGCAUUAGUUUUACAAUAUUGGGUUAGUCGAGAUAAAGUUAAUCCAGGUGUUUGGAUAACAAUAUUCAUUAUAAUUAUAUUGUUAAUUAAUAUAUUUGGUGUUAAAAUUUUUGGUGAAUUUGAAUUUUGGUUAUCAUCAUUAAAAGUUUUGAUUGUCUUGGGGUUAAUCAUUUUAUUAUUUGUUAUAAUGCUUGGUGGUGGUCCAACUCAUGAUCGUUUAGGAUUUAGAUAUUGGAAUGAACCAGGUGCUUUCAAACCAUUUAAAGGUAUUGGAGGUGAAGACAAGGCAAAAUUUGUUUCAUUUGUUAAUGUCUUAGUCACUGCUGUUUUUGCUUACUCAGGGACAGAAUUAAUUGGUGUUACUAUAUCAGAAGCUGCAAAUCCAAGAAAAUCUGUACCAAAGGCAAUUAAAUUAACAUUUUAUCGUAUUAUUGUUUUUUACGUUUGUUCUGUUUUAUUAUUAGGAAUGUGUGUUCCAUAUAAUGAUCCAUUAUUAAUCAAUGCCUCUAAAGCAUCAACAUCUGCAAAUGCUUCACCUUUUGUCGUUGCUAUUAGAAAUGCAUCAAUUGGGAAAUUAGAUCAUGUUAUUAAUGGAUGUAUAUUAAUUUUCAUCUUCAGUGCUGCUAAUUCAGAUUUAUACAUUGGUUCAAGAACUCUUUAUGGUUUAGCAUGUAAUGGUAAUGCACCAAAAAUAUUUGCUAAAACAAAUAAAUAUGGUAUUCCAUCAUAUGCAUUAGCUGUUUGUACUGCAUUUUGUGGUUUGGCUUAUAUGGCUGUUUCUUCAUCAUCACAAGAAGUUUUCAGUCAUUUUGUUAAUGUUGUUUCAAUUUUUGGGUUAUUAACUUGGAUUUCUAUUUUAUUAACACAUAUUGGAUUUACAAGAGCUAUGAAAGCCCAAGGGAUCUCCAAAAAGACAUUAGCUUAUACUGCACCUUUCCAACCUUGGGGUACAUAUAUUGCAUUAUUUUGGUGUAUUGUCGUUUGUUUUAUUAAAAAUUUUACCGCAUUUAUUAAUGGUUUCAAUUACAAGAGUUUUAUUACUGGAUAUAUUGGUAUUCCAGUUUAUGUUAUUGCUUAUUUUGGUUAUAAAAUUAUUAAAAAGGGUAAAAUUCAUAGACCUGAAGAUGUUGAUUUAUUUACAUUGAAAAAUUUUAUUGAUGAAGAAGAAGAACAAGGUAAAAUUGAUGAAGCUGAACGUAAAGAACGUUUAAAAAAUGGUAAAAAAGAUUUAUAUUGGUUUUAUGAAACUUUUAUUGGUUGGUUAUUCUAA